UACAUCAUAUAACCAUCUAAACAUUACAGUUUUCUCUCCCUCUUUUCUUUUUUUUUUUUGGAAUAAACUUAUAAUCUGUCUUCUAAGGUAUAAAUAUUGCAGUUCUGUUCACCAAUCAUGAGUUUGCAACUGUCACUGUUAACUCAUUCAUGCUAAAAACUCAAAAUACAACUAAAAUAACCAUCUAAAGAAGUCAAACUUCUGCAGAUCAAUUCAAAUCUACUUUUCUGGCAUGCAAAAUGUGAAUGCUGGAAUUACUACAAGAUUUCGAAUGGAUAGCAAGAUCACCAAUGUGCAGAAAUUUUCUACACACUGAGUUCGCGAGAAAUCUGUGCCCAAAACUUAUACCAAAGCAAGCAAGAUUUUACCGCUACAAGCUAACAAAAUCAUCUUGCGUAGAAAUUUUCUACACAAUGAACAUGCCAGGUGUGCUUGAUCUCGUCCACCAUGUCGGUUGUGAACCAAUAUCCUCGCCCGUGUGCUUGAUCUAGCUGCAGUGGAAUCUUGAUGCCCUUCGACUACGAGCUAAUGAACAUGCCAGGUUUCCAACUGCAAGCGCAAGCUGUUUGUGGUCAUGUCUACUAGAACAAAGUUCAGCGCCGAGAACCACACUAACUUCACCGGUCGAGAUUCUCGGUGUCUCCCUCAUUAAGCUGAUUCAUGAGUUACUAAUUUGUUAUUCUCUUACAUUGUCAUGCCAAGUGUCUAAAGAUUCCUUCUAAUCACAAUUGUAUAAUUCGCCAGUGUGUGAUUGUUCUUGGAGACCGAAACAUUACACAUCUGGCAUCUGAAUGAGAGAGUCGAGCAUCAGAUAUCGCACGAGCGAUAAUAAUAAAGGAAGUCGUGCAUCAGCUGCUACUGAAAAUGACUACAAUAACCAAAUUGAAUACUAGUAUCCACAUUGGCAGCACAUGUGGACUCGGGUGUCCAAGAUUCUUGGUGUCUCCUGUAGAAAAUUUUAGAGUUGCGGUAAAUAAGUAGAGGGGAGGCCAAGGAUCAACCAAAGAAAACCUGUCCUUCUCUUCUCUUCAUCUGUAUCUGUAUAGACAAGAAGAGUCUUCUACCACCUACAGAACAAAAAUGUCUUGCAAUCUCCGAUCCAUCAGCUUGCCGUCGAGAUCUCACUCUGCGGAGCUCAACUGCGAAGAAGAGCUCGACAAGCUUAGAGCUUGCAUGGCCUCAAUGGCCGUGACUGCGUCGAAGAUGUGCGAUGGAUUGCGCGGGCUUGGAGAUUUGUAUGAAUGCAUUGUCAAGGUUCUUCCCUUACCCAGCAACCAGAACGCUGUCUCCGGUGCCCGCCAAAAGAAACUGGUAGAAGCAGAGCUGGAAAGCUCAAUUAGAUUGCUGGACAUUUGCGGUGCAAUGAGGGAUAACUCGGCGGCAAUGAAAGAGCAUGUUCAAGACGUCCGAUCGGCCGUCAGAAGAGGAGAUGAAGCGGCUAUCGAAAGCAAAGUGCAGGCUUUCAUUCGCGCGAGAAAGAAAGUGAACAAGGAAGCCAAGAAGCAAAUGGAUCAUGACAAGUUCGCAGCGCUUUACGCCACUAAAGAGGAUCGGGGUCAGUCGGCUGCCAUACAGAUACUGAUCAAAGCAAGAGAGGUCACCGUCACCGUCCUCCAAUCCGUUUUAUCAUUCUUGUCGACGAGAAUUGUAAAGCUGAAGACCAGCAAGUGGUCUCUCGUCUCGAGGACGCUGCACAAGAGGAGAGUAGCAUGCGAAGAGGAGUACGAGAUCGAUGCAUCGUUCUUUUGUUCUUAUUCUUUGAAGGAUUUUAACGAAGAGAAGAGAGCGAAUACGCAAAAUCAAUUGCGAACAUUGGAGGCCACAGUUGAAGGUCUAGAAGAAGGAUUAGAAUGCUUGUUCAGGAGAUUGAUCCAAUCUCAACCGGAGACAUUCCCACGAGAUGGAAGAGCUGCAGGAACGUGUUGUCGGGAGCUGCAAAAGCUUGGUUUGACUUAUGCUUUGUGGCAGCUUGCUGGGAAAUAUGGAAAGAGCGAAACUCGAGACUCUUUACCAAUCGCCGCACUUCUAGCGAAGAACUGGGCAAGACAGUCACCUGCUUAG